AUGCGAUUUUUAACGUUAUCCUUAUCGUCUGCUUCGUUCAUUUUGUUUCUAUUUCUUUUUUUUUUCAUUCUUCUCGAACUCAUAAUUAUUAUUCUUUUUCUAUUACUUGGCUCGGCUUUCAGAUUCCCGUUUUCUUCCUUCUCUUUAUCCUGUUUUACUUUUUCUUAUUUUCACUCUUUCUUUCAACCGUUCAACCUCUCUCUCUCUCUCUCUCUCUCUCUGUCAUUUACAUUCAUUUUGUGCUUUUGUCUCCGUCUUUUCCUCUUUAAUUAUCUCCCUCAUCCUUCUUCCACAGACCUCACUUCUUUCUCUUCGUUUUUUUCUCCACGUCUUCUUCUUUUUCUAAGUGAUACGGUCUUUACUUUCAUUCCAUUCCGAACUGUCUUCUCUUAUCAAUAUCUCGCAGCGCGUUCCAUAAUAAACUCUUUCUUCUUCUUCUUUCUUCUUCUUCUUCUUCUUCUUCUUCUUCUUCUUCUAUGCUAUCUAUCUAUCUAUCUAUCUAUCUAUCUAUCUAUCUAUCUAUCUAUCUGUUAUGGCCACAACACUAUCUAUGUCUGCUUCUAUCUAUCUAUCUAUCUAUCUAUCUAUCUAUCUAUCUAUCUAUCUAUCUAUCUAUCUCAUUACAUUUCUCCUGUGGGACUAUCUAUCUAUCUAUCUAUCUAUCUAUCUAUCUAUCUCAGUGUAUUCUGA